CGCGUGUGGUCCACCGUGUGGUCUUGACAGCACCCCUACCGGUCCGAGUUACUCCUAUAACUUGCUCCUGUUCGCAAGUGCUGCAGCAGAGUCCACAGCUGUGGAUAAGAGGGCUGCUGUGAGUCAGCUCCAGCUGUCUCUGAACCCGGACCAACAAGGAAUCCCGCGAUGAAUCAAAACUGAAAGCGCCGGGAUCGGUGCCACUCCUUUGCCUGCCUAGUCUGGUCGGUCGGUGGUGAUGGUACAAUACUACUACUACUACUAGUGACUCCUGAGGAUCCAGUAGAAGACUGGAUGCGGUUGUAGCUAUGAUUACAUCAGGGUGGGGGGCGUGGGCCCUCUCCCCCUGCGGCCUUGUCCUGGUCGUCUGUUCAGCGUUGUGUCUGUCCCAGGAGCCUCCCAUCAAACCCGCGGACUGCACUAGAAAGGAACAUCCCGUUUUCUCAUAUCAAGCUCUCAGGUCUUGGGUGUCUGAGUUCUCCCAUCCAGGAGUGAAGGAUUUCUCCCAGCUCGCCGUUGACCUGAGCAGAAACCAGCUCAUUGUGGGAGCAAGAAACUUCCUCUUCAGACUGAGUUUGAGCAACGCUUCACUCAUACAGGCAACGGAAUGGGCCCCCGAUGAAGACACGAGACGUUCGUGUCAGAGCAAGGGCAAGUCUGAGGACGAAUGCCAGAACUAUAUCCGGGUUUUGUUAAUAAGUGGCAAGACUCUCUUCACAUGUGGGACCAACGCUUUCACCCCGGUCUGCAUUACCAGGCAGAUUUCUAACACCAGUCAAGAGUUGGACACGGUGAACGGUGUCGCCCGGUGUCCUUAUGACCCGCGCCACAACUCCACUGCCAUGGUGACGGAGAGGGGCGAGUUGUACGCCGCCACCGUGAUCGAUUUCUCUGGACGUGAUCCGGUCAUCUAUAGGAGCCUGGGGAACAUGCCGCCGCUCCGCACCGCCCAGUACAACUCAAAAUGGCUCAACGAGCCUCAUUUUGUGUCCGUUUACGAGAUCGGCCGGUUUGCCUACUUCUUCCUGAGAGAGACCGCUGUCGAGAACGACUGCGGGAAGAUGGUGUUCUCUCGGGUGGCUCGGGUUUGCAAGAACGACAUGGGUGGACGGUUCCUUCUGGAGGACACCUGGACCACCUUCAUGAAGGCCCGACUCAACUGCUCACGCUCAGGAGAAAUCCCCUUCUACUACAACGAGCUGCAGAGCACCUUCUACUUACCGGAGCAAGACCUGAUUUACGGCAUCUUUACCACUAAUGUGAACAGCAUAUCAGCCUCCGCCAUCUGUGCCUUCAACCUGAGCUCCAUCACUCAGGCCUUCAACGGGCCCUUCCGCUACCAGGAGAACCCCCGCACCGCUUGGCUCGCCGCCCCAAACCCUAUACCUAACUUUCAGUGUGGCACGCUAGAGGAGGGCGGCCCCGGCGCAAACUUGACAGAGCGCAGCCUCCAGGACGCCCAGCGGCUCUUCCUCAUGAACGACGUGGUCCAGCCGGUCACCGUCAACCCCCUGCUCACCCAGGACAACCUGCGCUUCUCCAAGCUGGUGGUGGACAUCGUGCAGGGCCGAGACACGCUGUACCACGUCAUGUACAUCGGCACCGAAUAUGGCACCAUCCUGAAGACUCUGUCCACAACCAACAAAAGCCUUCAUGGCUGCUACCUGGAGGAGCUCAGGAUCCUCCCAGAAGGCCAGAUGGGACCAAUAAAGAGUCUGAAAAUCCUCCACAAUGACAGGUCUUUGUUUGUGGGGCUUGAUGACAGACUGGUGAAGAUACCAUUAGAGCGCUGCUCCCACUAUUCAACCGAACGUUACUGCAUGGAGGCCCGGGACCCUUACUGUGGCUGGGAUCACAAACAGAAGCGCUGCACCACCUUUGAGGAGAGCUCCAACAUGAACCAGUGGAGCCAGAACAUCACUGAAUGCCCCGUGAGGAAUUUAACCCAGGAUGGUGGUUUUAGCCCUUGGGCGCCGUGGCAACCUUGCAACCACGACGACGGCGAUGGCUCCGUCAGCAGCUGCUUGUGCCGGUCCAGAUCAUGUGACGGACCCGUGGCCAGAUGUGGAGGGGCUGAAUGCAAGGGCCCGACCAUCCAGGUGUCAAACUGCUCCAGGAACGGUGGCUGGACCCCCUGGUCCUCGUGGGGUCAGUGCAGCAGCAGCUGCGGCAUCGGAUUUGAAGUGAGGCAGCGAUCCUGCAACAACCCCUCGCCUCGCCACGGUGGUCGCGUAUGCGUGGGGCAGGGGAGAGAGGAAAGGCUGUGCAAUGAGAAAAAGCCAUGUCCCCUGCCAGUGUUGUGGACAGCGUGGGGCUCCUGGGCUCGCUGCAGUGCUGAAUGUGGAGGCGGGGUCCACUCCAGAACCAGAACCUGCGAGAACGGAAACAGUUGUCCUGGAUGUGCAACGGAGUACAAGGCGUGUAACCUGGAGGCCUGCCCCGAGGUCCGCCGCAACACCCCCUGGACUCCCUGGAUGCCCGUCAACGUCAGCCACGACGGGUCGAGGCAAGAGCAGAGGUUUAGGUACACGUGCCGGGCGCUGCUGCACGACCCCCAGCAGCUCCAGCUGGGCAAGAAGAAGCUGGAGACCCGUCUCUGCCCCAAUGACGGCUCUGGGGCCUGCCAGACUAGCUCUCUAAUUGAAGACUUGGUGAAGACUAGUGGCCGAACCAUGUCUGUGCCCCAAGGUGCACGAUGGGGAACUUGGGAAACGUGGUCCAGCUGUUCCCAGCAGUGUUCCAGAGGCUUCCGGACCCGGAAACGUAACUGCUUGACGUCCGAGGGCCGGACCAACCCCAGCACCUGUGUAGGAUCACCGGUGGAGUAUCAGGACUGCAACACUCAACCCUGCCCAGUGAGUGGAGCCUGGUCUUGCUGGUCGUCCUGGACACAGUGCUCAACCAGCUGUGGAGGCGGGCACUACCAACGGACUCGGACGUGCAGCAACCCGCCCCCUGCCAACGGAGGAGACAUCUGUAUCGGCCUGCACACUGAAGAGGCCCUCUGUAACAUACACGUCUGUGAUGGUCGGGGUGAGUGGACCCAGUGGGGGGACUGUGACGACGAGGGUCUUCAGCAUCGCAAUCGCCGCUGCGGUGAGGACCAGGAGGCUGAGGUCAGUCUCUGCCAGGGCAACAUCACCCAGUCCAGGCCUUGCCAGCCUCACGAGGUACCAGUCAUUUUACCUGGACAGGAGGACCAGAGCUGUGGAACCUUCACCUUGUUCCAGUUGGUAGCCGUGGGCUCAGCCAGCUUUUUUGCUGCAGCCCUCCUCUCAGCACUGGCUUACACGUACUGCCAUCACCUCAACCGAGCAUCGGCGGAGUCGUCGAUCAUCCACCCCAGCACGCCAAAUCACCUCACCUACAACAAGCAGGGCAACGCCACGCCAAAGAAUGAGAAGUACAUCCCUAUGGAGUUUAAGACGCUGAACAAGAACAAUCUCCACGUGAAUGACGAGACGUGCAACCACUUCCCCUCGCCGAUGACCUCCAGCAACAUGUUCACCACCACCUACUACCCUCCCAGUCUGAGCAAGUACGACUUCCACCCAGACUCCCCCUGCAGGACCUACAUGCACAGCUGAGAGGAGGCCACGCUCUGACGACAAAAACAACCACCUUUUACGCUUAUCGCAGCACCAUCACAAAGUAUCUCCUACACCAAAAUCACAUCCGAUAGUGGGAUCCGUUCACCCAAAUGACGACGCAUCUAUUGUCUCUUAUCUAGCUUUCUCAUUUCUUUUUUAUGGUGCCUACAAACACAAUUACAUUCGUUGACUCGUUUGGCUCGUGCAGCUUUUUAUCAUUUAGCACACAGCACUGUGCAUGUGAAAAUCUGGAUUCCGAUACGCUCCACUUGAACUCAAUCCGUGCAGAGUCUGGUAGUGUCAAGAAAAUAAAUACAUCUGCAGGUAACAUGUAAACACAUGAGGAAAGAGCUUAUUUCAUGUCUAAUGUGACCACAUCUUGAGUUUGCUACGUUUGCUUACUUCGUCCAAGACAAAAAAGUGACGAUAAAGGAGCUGUGUCUGUGUUCAGGUGGAGGUUAAUUUUGUUUCGCAUUUUGGGAUGCAUCUAUAAAAGUGAUAAAAUCGGAGAGGCUGACAUGAACCACCGCACGGCAGCCUUUACAUCCUCAAGGAGGACUCUUCUUUAAUUAGUUCUUUAAAUGGAUUGUACAGGGGUCCCCUUCCUCCUUCUUCAGCCACCCCGAGGUGCUCUGUUAGCGCUCAGGGCAGACGUGCCGACUGCUGAUGUCGUAUUUACCUGGAUUUACUGGACUUAGACAAGACUCAUCCGCUGAUUACUCCAUGGAUUUUUGGUCUGUAAGUUCAGUGGACUGUAAUUGUGCUCUACAUCCAGCCUGGACGAUAAAGUCUGGGCUUUCAUUCGGCGGAGACUGAUCUCUACAGCUGUCUGACUGGACUGAAGAAAUCAGACACUUGCAAAUUUAUGGCUUCUUUGCUUUAAUGUUCACGCUUAGUAGAGUCCACAAUAGAAAUGAACACUGAAGAGGACACCCAUCACCGCGUACUGUACUCUCGACCAUAUGAAUUAUAUUCGACAUCUGCACAUCAGACAGCAUUGUUUGUGUUAGUAUCUCUACGUGCUAAAUGUUCAAAGGUACACACAACUCUUUCCUGGAUGUAAAUGCAUUAAGAAUAUUGUUUAAAAGAAAAGAAAUCACCAAAUAUGUGUAUUUCAAUGGAACAUGAGCAAAACAUUAGUCAGCGAUGGACUUUUUAAUUGAAUUUACACACACGUUGUUGGGUCAUGCAGCGAAAAGUGUGCUCUAAAUGAUGUGUGAAUGUCUAAAUGUGUUUUUUUUUUUAUGCGGUUGUUUUUCUGUCAGCUUUUUUGGAGAUAAUUGAAAAAAAAACGUGGAAAUAAAGCAUGAAACAUAUUAAGCUAAUAAAUCCACUACCAUGUGAGGGAUUUAAAGAUUUUGUCGACUUCUCAUAAUACCAAACAAACACAUGCACCACUCCAAAACCCUUUAACUCUGACCAGAUUUGAACUGGACAAACAAAAACACAUUGGGUCUUGUUACAUUCCGGAACAUUAUUUCUCAUAUUUAGUUUUGUGCACUAAAACGUUGUAAAUACAGAGAAAUGAAUUUAUCUCUCACAAUUUUUAUGUCUGUUUGGCAUGAAACGAGCAGCCCUGGUAAUACAGAUGUGUUCUGUUUUUCUUUUACGUCUGGGUCCUUUCAUACAAGUAAGUGCAUGCACUUUCAUGUUUGUGUAAACUGUACGUAUGUGUUUUUUUUUUUUUUUUUUUUUUAAUAUAUCUGGCCAAGAGAAUCUUUUCUUUCACAAUGGAUGUAUUUCUCUCCCAAAAGACACUCAUUUUUGAUUGUUGUGAAUUUGACUUAACACUGCCUUUUGGACACUGUGAACUUUUGGUACUCUAUAUUUUUGUAUUAUGUACACUGUAAAAAAAACAACAAAAGAUCAAGAUGAAUAAAGACAUGUUCUUGCCAAUA